CUUUUGUCCCUGUCUUGGACUCCUAUUGGUCCAAGUGACUUCUGCCAUGGUCGGAAAUUAGCAUAAAGGAGGCAAGUGGCGAAGGGAUCCACUUGGGGGCAAGCUGGUUACGCGUCACAGCUCUUUAAGGAAGAAAAAGGGGGGAGACAAAAAAAAAAGGGACGAAAAUAGCGCAGAACCUGCGGGUUAAUGUGCGCCAAUGGCCACCAAGUCAAUUGUGAUCUCAGAGCGGAGGAAGAGGGUCACAGGUGAGAGAAGGCAUGAAGGAUGAGACAGUUUGAGCGUCACGGUGUGUGAGGGUAAAUAAGAAAGGGGGAAAAAAGACUUUGCAUGAAAGGACAGUGGCGAAGAAAAUCUCUGGCAAGCAGCAGGAUUUCACCACGUCACUUUCUCUGGAGAUCAUGAAACAGCAUCGGACGUGGCGGAGCCGCGGAAGAGUCGAGGAAGCUGAAGGAAGCCCUCUCCACCGAUGAAGGAGCGCCUCCUCUCCCUUUUACGCACAGGCGAGGUGAGGACGGCGAGCAUCACACCCAUGUAGAGAAAACACCAACGAGUCAUCCGAGGUGUUGAGCGACAGAGAGAGGCAGAAGCACAACUACACUUGUUUUAUAUUUGUUUUUGAAUAAAGAAGAGGUGRGAAAAGGAGCGCAGCCAUGGAUGGAGAAGGAGGAUCGUCCGGGCUGGCCAAAUCUGCUGCCGUCAAACUGUCAGAGAUGGGGAAAAGAACCAAACAGCUCGGGUCCACCAUGAGAGACCCUCACCAGCAGAAGAGGAUCAUAUUAGUGAUAGUCUGCGUGGCUCUGCUGCUGGACAAUAUGCUCUACAUGGUGAUCGUGCCAAUUAUCCCGGACUAUCUGGCUGAACUGGAGACUGAGCAGUCAGAGCACGUCCACGUUGUGUUGCAACCCAACACCUCUUCAGCCAACAGCACAAGUCAAGACAAAAGCAACAACUUGGACAUCCAAAUAGGAGUGCUUUUUGCCUCUAAAGCCAUCCUGCAGCUCUUAGUCAACCCCCUGUCGGGAACUUUUAUAGACCGGGUCGGAUACGACAUCCCUCUUUUGAUCGGACUCACCGUCAUGUUCGUGUCCACGUGCAUUUUUGCUUUCGGGGAGAACUACGCGACCCUGUUCGUGGCCCGGAGCCUGCAGGGUCUGGGCUCGGCUUUCGCGGACACGUCCGGGUUCGCGAUGAUCGCGGACAAGUACACGGAGGAGGCGGAGAGGAGCCGCGCGCUCGGCAUCUCGCUGGCCUUCAUCUCCUUCGGGAGCCUGGUGGCGCCUCCUUUCGGGGGCAUCCUGUACGAGUUCGCGGGCAAGAGGGUGCCCUUCAUCGUGCUCGCCUCCGUCUGCCUGGCGGACGGCUUCCUGCUGCUCACCGUCAUCAAGCCCUUCUCCAACAGGACUCGAGACAACAUGCCGGUGGGCACCCCCAUCUACAGACUCAUGAUUGACCCCUACAUCGCUGUGGUGGCCGGGGCGCUCACCGUGGCCAACAUCCCGCUUGCCUUCCUGGAGCCCACCAUCGCCAACUGGAUGGAGACCACCAUGCACUCCUCCCAGUGGGAAAUGGGACUCACUUGGCUGCCGGCCUUCUUCCCCCACAUCCUGGGAGUGUUCAUCACAGUCAAACUGGCAGCAAAGAACCCACACUUGCAGUGGUUCUACGGCGCGUUGGGGAUGGUGAUCAUAGGCGCGAGCUCCUGCACGGUGCCCGCCUGCAAAACGUUCGGGCAGCUCAUCGCGCCCCUGUGCGGCAUCUGCUUUGGCAUCGCGCUGGUGGACACCGCGCUGCUGCCGACGCUCGCGUUCCUGGUGGACGUGCGCUACGUGUCCGUGUACGGCAGCGUGUACGCCAUCGCGGACAUUUCAUACUCCAUCGCCUACGCCAUGGGUCCGAUCGUGGCCGGCCAGAUCGURCACAACCUGGGCUUCGUGCAGCUCAACCUGGGCAUGGGUCUCGUCAACGUGCUUUACGCGCCGGCGCUGCUGCUGCUGCGCAACGUGUGCCAAAUGAAGCCGUCCUACUCGGAGAGGGAUAACCUGCUGGACGAGGCUCCGCAGGGGCUGUACGACACGAUCAAAAUGGAGGAGGUGAGGGCUAAAAAGAAGGGCUACAACUCUGCGGGGAAUUGCCUGCCCGUGGACGAGAACGGCUUCGACCCGUUCCGAGCGCAGCGGUCCGUGUCCGAGGAGUCCUCCGGUCCGGAGUACACCUGAACCCACCAACAGGACCGUUCCCAGCGAUGAGACAGGCUUGUUUCAAAUGAGUGGUUUUAAGUUUUAUGUCUGUACCGACGUGCAAUAUUAUCACCCAAUCAACAAAAUCAUGAUUGCGUGACCCAUUUGCCAAAGUUUCUUUCUUUCUUUCUUUCUUUCUUUCUUUCUUUCUUUCUUUCUUUCUUUCUUUCUUUCUUUCUU